AAGAGCCUUGCCCCAAUACGUUCCAUAUUUCAGCGCCUCCAGCCCCUCAUCCCGUUUUUCUCUCUUUCAAGCGAUCGACGAAGCUGUGCCCCCAUCGAUCGACGAUUUGCGCCUCUACAGCUCUACAGAUUUUCGAUUUUGCUGCUUCUUCUCAUCAGGAAACAAAAUUUGGAGUGAUAGAGUUUGAGUUGAUUUUGUCGUUAACACAUAAAGUGUCUUCUUUAAUCUUAGUAUGAUGAUGAACUUGAGUUGAUUCUGUGCAGGAACUUGAGUUGGAGAAAUUCAUAACACAUGAAUUGCCAUUUUGUGAGAUCAUUAAGGCUUUUGAUUUGAUGCUUAAAGGAACUAUCAAACGGGACCUAAAUAUCUCACAAGCACCCGGACUACAAACAAACCUGAUCCCCAUCACCCAUGGUCUCCCUCCCUGGGCCGGCGGUGAACCCUUUCCGGCCGGAUUUUAAUGGAUUUUCGGAGAAUAAAAAGCCCACCGGAGCCACCAAUGUGAAUCCGGUAAGGGAAGAAUCAUUUCCAACUGACGAUGAAAAGGUGAGGAGAGAAAGGAAAGAGCAAGUGAAUAAGAAAAUUGCGUCGCAAAAGGCCAUAUCGGUAAUAUUAAGAAGAGAGGCUACGAAGGCUGUUAUUGAGAAGAAAAAAGGAUCCACGAGGCUGUUUCCGGGAACUGUACUCGAAGCACUUCACGAACGUAUCGCUGCUUUGCGUUGGGAGUCUGCUCUUAAGGUUUUUGAACUCCUUCGUGAGCAGCUUUGGUACAGACCUAACUCUGCUAUAUACGUGAAGCUAAUUGUGAUGCUUGGAAAAUGUAAGCAACCCGAGAGAGCAAAUUCCUUGUUUCAAGCCAUGAUUGAUGAAGGCUGUGAUGUAAACCAAGAGUCAUACACUGCUCUUCUCUCUGCCUACAGUCGAAGUGGACUAUUUAGAAAAGCAUUUUCUAUUCUAGAAGAGAUGAAGAACACACCCAACUGCCACCCUGAUGUCUACACAUAUUCCAUCCUCAUAAAAUCAUGCCUUCAUUUUCAUGAGUUUGAUAAAGUGCAAUCUCUGCUAUCUGAAAUGGUCUCACAAGGAGUCAACCCCAAUACAGUUACUUACAAUACCCUUAUUGAUGCAUACGGGAAAGCAAAAAGAUUUGCUGACAUGGAAUCAACAUUAGUGGAAAUGCUUCGCCAAAGGGAAUGUAAGCCUGAUGUGUGGACAAUGAAUUCAACCCUAAGAGCAUUCGGUGGAAGUGGUCAAAUUGAAACAAUGGAAAAAUGUUAUGACAAGUUUCUAAGUGCUGGAAUUCAACCUAACAUCAAAACCUUCAAUAUACUUCUAGAUUCAUAUGGAAAAACCGGAAACUAUAAAAAGAUGAGUGCAGUGAUGGAAUACAUGCAAAAAUACCAUUUCUCAUGGACUCUAGUGACUUACAAUAUAGUGAUAGAUGCAUUUGGGAGAGCUGGGGAUGUAAAUCAAAUGGAAUUUUUAUUUCGGUUGAUGCAAUCGGAGAGUAUAAAACCAAACUGUGUCACUCUCUGUUCGCUUGUACGAGGUUAUGCGCAAAAUGGCAAAGCGGAAAAGAUCGGGGGGCUAUUGCGGUAUAUUGAAAGUUCGGAUGUGAUGGUUGACACUGUGUUUUUUAAUUGUUUGGUGGAUGCUUAUGGUAUGAUGGGAUGCUUAGCGGAAAUGAAGGGGGUGUUGGUGAUGAUGGAAAGUAAAGGGUGUGAACCUGAUAAGAUUACGUAUAGAACUAUGAUUAAAGCUUACAAUAUGAAUGGAAUGAGUAACCAUGUGAAGGAGUUGAGGCUUAUGCUUUCUUCUGUUGGAAAAUCAGAUUCUAGACGAUAAAAGCUUUUCAGGGAUUUAAUGUGUUGUUAUAUAUGAUUACAAAAACUAUGCUAUUUCAUACAAGAACAAUAAUCUAAUGUUUUUUUUUUUUAA